CCUUUACUUCCCUUUCUUACUCUCUCUUCCUCACUAAUCUUUCCCCCGACCGAAAAAAAAAUCCCUUCAAUUCAUCCACCCCCAAAAUACCCGUCCGUGAAUCGCUUCCUCUAUCCACACUGCCCCCUCUUCCCCCCCCAUUUAUCAUCCAUUCCCCAUCCUUUUUAUCAUUUUAGAGCGAUUUUUCCGGUCUGGAUGACUUCGCUCUAUCCACUCCCUUAAUUUUUAGCGCGUGAAUCGGAUGCGGUGUUCCCGAAUUAGAACUCGAUGCUCCGGGACGAGCUCCUUAGGUCUAAGAAAGAUGAGAUCUCACGUUGCUUGUUGUCGCGGAAGCGCAAAUUGAGUGAGCUUUACUAUGCGACCGUGGGCGUCGCGACCGCGACCGAGUCCGCGGUCUCCCCGUCCGUAUACCAUCAAAAGGAACAGGCCUUUUUGGACGCCAACGAUCUCCAACAAGGUCGCUACUUCAAUGAUGCCUCUCUGCCACCACUGCCCACCUAUCUGGUCGCGCCCGCUAAAGAGGAGAGCGCCCCGGCGGUCGAACCCGCCGCCAAAGCCCAAGAUGCUGCCCCAAUUAGUCCCCCCUUGGCGGUAGACGCGGCCCAUGCCUCUCCCGCUGGCGUGGACGGGCAGAGACCGGCAGCGCAGGUGCUCCCGGGCUCAUCGCCGACGGGAAAGCCAGAGGCUGGAGCGCCCGCCAAACUGGCGCUUGGGGUCGGUCCGGAUGGUGUCCAAGGACGAGACCUUCCCGCCCCGAUCGCCACCCAGGCAGUCCCGUAUCCGUCGGCGGAGCAGAAGCCCAUCCCCUCCGUCCCGGAAACCCCCAGGAGUAGCCAGGGCCAGGACUGGGCCGACCUUGCGGGCUCGCCCGGACAGACGAAGCCCCCCCCCGCCGGGGUCGUUGCGUCAGACCUGGCUCCCGGCCAAAAGAAGCAGGAUAUGCGCCCAUCGCUCGUCCUGGGACGGGCGGUCCAGGGACCCGACCAGCCCUUGUCGCCCGUCUCGUCGGCCGGUCCUUAUUCCAACAACACCCCGGUUCCCGUCGCGGCGUCUCCGGAUACCAGUCCGGUAGAGGAGGGCGCCGACGCUGCGAGGAAGUCGGCGCCGACACCAAAGCCCGAGGAACCAAUCCAGGUACCGCCCGGGUUGGUCCCCUCGACGCCGGAUGAGCAACUGCAGCUGGAGGCCGCGCAGUCCCUGCAGCACCGCACGCUGACGGCCAGCAAGACCAUUGGGGACGCGGCGGCCAGUGGCCCCAUCACCAACGAAGUCAUCGACGAGAACGUCGGCCGACCCGUAACGAGUCCCCCAGCCGCCGCGGCCGCGGCCGCCGACGCGGCCCCGCCCCUGGAGCCCAAGACAUCCGACGGCGUGGUGCCCGCCCCCGAGGAAUCCAAGGGAACCCCGGCCCCAGACGCGCGGGACACGGUCCCGUCGGCGGUCAAGACGGAGCAGCAGCCCCCAGCGCCGGCCCCGGAGAUCCCCACGCAGAAGAAGGCUACCCCGACCGGAUCCAUCCCCACCGAGCGGAUGACCACCCGGGUGUCCUCGGGCGCGAUCCGGCACAAAUCGGUCUCGGAGAUCCUUGGGGAAAGCCCCCGGCAGACCUCCCCACACGGGGACAAGCCGACCGUCAUGCCGCCGUCCCCGUCCGCCUCGGCGCCCGACUCGCCGGCCAAGAUGCGGUUCAAGGACCGGAAGGCGCGCGAAAAGGACCGCAGCAAGCUCUCGGCUGUCGUUUUUCCGAAGCAGCCGCCGCCCGAGAAGGCGGACUCGGUGGAACUGGUGCACCAGCAGGCUGGUGACGUCGCGCGCCUGAACGAGGAGCACGAUUAUCUGUUCACCCUGUUUCAGAACAAAGCCUGUUCCCCGCCCCGCGGGACCCAUCUGAGCACGCUGCUGGCGUCGGCUCACAAGACGCUGACCACGGCCAACCACCUGCUGGAAUACCAGGAGCAGAUGGAUUGCCGUACGCUGCGGCGCAUCUAUUCGCUCCAGAAUGCCAACCGGUGGCCGUUGCGCCAGUUGAAGCGGUCGCUCGAGCCCCCCCGCCAGGCCACGCACUGGGACGCCUUGCUGGACCACAUGAAGUGGAUGCGCACCGAUUUCCGGGAGGAGCGCAAGUGGAAGAUCGCCGCCGCCAAGAGUUGCGCGGAAUGGUGCGCCGAGUACGUGCAUAGCGAUCCGGAGCACCGGGCCCUGCUGCGCGUGCCGGUCCGCACGCCGUCCCCGCCGGCGCCGGCGCGGAAGAAGACGGAGCCCCAUGCGAACAUGAUGUCGCCCCCGGAAGAGACCAGCGACGAGAUGAUGCCGGGGGUCAUCUCCCAUCCGACGCCCGACCUGGUGCCCUCGACCGAGGAGGACUCGGUCAGCGACGGGUGCAAUGAGGAGCUCCGUCCCGACCUGGGGGACACCGUGGCCCCCGCGGCGAUAUUCUCUCUCGGCUCGGAUGAAUUCACCUUCUCGCUUGACAUGACCCCGGCCGCGCAGAAGCUCCUGGACGAGUUGCCCAUCUACGAACCCGUUCAGCUUGCCCCGGAGACCAACCUCCCCGCCUUCAAACAGCCGCCGGAUGCGGUGUGGAAGACGGAGAUUCUCCCCGUCUCCAAAUAUGCGGCCGGCAAGAUCACGUUCCACGACAACGAACCGCCGCGGAAACGCAGCCGGUACGAUUAUUCGGCUUAUCAAAAUGGGCCUGAGCACCGGUUGAUCGACCUGCCGGCCGAGCAGACCAACGUGGCGCUGUUUCGACCCGAGAACAAGCACAUUCGCGACCGGAUCCACCCGGGACACUCUUUCCGACCUCCCACUGAAUACCCUAUGCCCUCGGUGGGAUUCUUCGAGUCGCGGCAGUCAUCCCAGUGGACGUACGGAGAAGAUGACGAGCUCCGGCGUCUCGUCAAGGAUUAUUCCUACAAUUGGUCUCUCAUCUCCAGUUGCCUCUCCCCCGCCUCGCAGUUCACGUCGGGCGCGGAGCGACGGACCCCCUGGGAAUGCUUUGAACGCUGGAUUAGCCUCGAAGGCCUCCCUGCCGAUAUGUCCAAGACCCAAUAUUUCCGAGCAUACCACCAGCGACUUGAGACGGCCCAACGUACCGUGCUGGCCCAACAGCAGCAGCAGCAACAACAGCAGCAACAACAGCAGCAGCAGCAGCAGCAACAGCAACAGCAACAACAGCAACAGCAAGGGCAGCAGCAAACGCCGCAGCAGCAAGCGCAGCAAGGCACCAACAACGCACAGUCCCUCCCACCGGUUCGUCGACGAACGACGCAGCCGGUCCGUGUGGAUCGCAAGAGGGCCUCCAAGCAUUUGGCGUUGCUCGAUGCCAUGCGGAAACUGGCCAAGAAGCGUGAGACUAUGCUUCAGAAACAACAGCAUGCUUCCCAUCUGGCGUCCCUGAGAAAGGUCAACGAGACUAACCAGCCCAAACCGCCCAUCUCCACCCCCGCUGAAUUCAGCCGCAUGAAGUACGAACGCGAGCUGAAGCUGCAGGAGCGGCAAGAGCAGUACCGGCAGCAGAUGAUCGCGCAGCAACGAGCCAAUCUUGCCGCGCAACGUGCCGGUCAACUGCCCAACCAGCAGCAGGCGGUGAUGAAUGCCCCGCCCGGACGGAUUCCGAACGGGUUGCCUCACUCCUCGGGAACUCCCGCUCUUCCCGGCAACAACCCGAAUGGGAUGCCCAACGGAUUGCCCAAUGGGAUGCCGCCGGGCGUUGGUGUGAACCAGAGCCGCCCUCAGCUGCAAGGGAUGCCUGGACCGACCAGUGGGCCCAUGGGAGCAGCGCAGAUGUCGAUGAAGGUGAUGCCUCAUUCCGGGAUGCAGCAGAAUCCGGGGGCCCGGCCUCCGGCAAUGCCCAUGCAGACGUCUCCCGACAACGCGCGGAUCAUCCGGGAAGCCAACCGUCUGCAAGAGCAACAGCGGAUGUUGCAAUCUCGGCAACAGCAGCAGCAACACACGCAUCACCAGCCACACCAACAGCAGCCGCAGCAGUCGCAGCCGCACCAGCACCAUCAGCAACACCAGCCAUCGCAGACCCAGGCCCAGCCGGCGCAACCCCCGUUCCACAAUCAGCAGCAAUUUGUCCCCCAGGGAUCCCAUUCGCCGAACUUGAACAUGUCGAAUGUGAACAACAGCCCCAACACACCUGCCAUGAUGGCGGCUCUCCAGGCGAGCGGGGGCAUGCAGAGCCCGUCGUUCCACCACUCGACGCCGCAAAGCGUGUCCACGCCUUCGCCUCGUAUGGGCCAACCGAAUCUGUUGUCGAACGGGGUGGUGCCGCAGAUCAGCAACAUCCAGAACCAGAUCCAGCGCAACAAUCCCAACAUGCCCCCGGAACAGGUGACCAAGCUGGCGACCGACCGGCUGCACCAAUACCAGCAGCAGCGCAUGUCGCAAGUGGCCAUGACUGCCGCCGCGGGCAACCUGGGUGGGGUUCAGGCCAACUAUCAGAUUCCGCACGAUGGGAACUUCCAAUCCCCUCCGGCCGGGAUCAACGGUGGCCCGGGGAUGCAAGUGCCCCCCGCGCAAGGAUUCUCCCCUAUGAUGCGCGUGCCCCAGCCGACGCCGCAGAAUCGGGCGGGCGUGACGAGUUCUCCGGCCGUGAACGGUGCCGUCCCUCAACCGAGCCGGAGUGCGACGCCACAAACCCAACGCAGUGGGAGUGCUCAAGCUGGGCAGAUGCCGGGGUCGAGCAAGAGCCCCAAUCCGCCCAAGGCUCAGACUGCUGCGGGGAGCUGAGCGUUGCAGUUGCAAGUUGCAAGAUACUGUGGGACUUUCUCUGCUCUCGGCUUCAUCCACCGGUUAUUACCCUUCUUCUGUACAUAUUCAUUUCCCUCCCCUUUUACUCCUUGACUCUACACUACCUACCCUUCUACCUACCUACCUACCUUCUACAGACC